AAUGCACUGCCAUAGCUGUGCGUUGGUCACCAGCUCUGGUCAUCUGAUGGGCGGUGGUCGCGGCGAGGAGAUCGACCGGGCGGAGUGUGUCAUCCGUAUGAACGACGCCCCCACGGCGCUGGGGUACGGGCGAGACGUUGGGCGCCGCACCUCGCUACGCGUCAUCGCUCACUCCAGCAUGCAGAGGGUCCUACGGAACCGCCACGAACUGCUCAACGCAUCCCAGGACACAGUGUUUAUCUUCUGGGGGCCCAGUAAUUACAUGCGGCGGGAUGGGAAGGGUCUGGUCUACAACAACCUGAGGUUGAUGAACCAGGUGCUGCCCAAACUAAAGGUCUACAUGAUCUCCAGGCAGAAGAUGCUGCAGUUUGACGAACUCUUCAAGAGGGAGACGGGCAAGGACAGGCGAAUCUCUAACUCGUGGUUGAGUACUGGUUGGUUCACUAUGACCAUAGCUCUGGAGCUGUGUGACCGGAUCAAUGUCUAUGGCAUGGUAGCUCCAGACCACUGCAGAGAGCCCCAGCCCCCAUCCUCCCCCUCCCCCUACCACUACUACGAGCCCCACGGUCCAGAGGAGUGUGCCAUGUACAUCAGCCAUGAGCGGGACCGCAGGGGCAGCCAUCACCGCUUUAUCACGGAGAAGAGGGUCUUCACCAGCUGGGCUCGAACCUUCAACAUCCAUUUCUACCAGCCUGACUGGGAACCCCCACCGCUGGCCCCCGCUAACCGCUGGCCCCCGCUAACCGCUGGCCCCCGCUAA